AUUUCAGCUAUUAUCAACUACAAUAUUAACAAAAUAGUUUUGACUUUAUUUACCUGAGAAAGGGAGAAAAAAUUGAAAUUCUGUUUUGUAUGGUUUAAAACUCAAAACCACAAUAGUCAUGGAUCCAAAAAAAGUUGUUGAGAUCCUUGAAGGGACAAUGCAUCCAGCACUUCGACAAGAGGCAGAAAGCAAACUAGAUGAAAUGCACAAGAUCAGUGGAUUUGCUCCUCUUCUAUUGCAAAUUGUAAUGUCUGAAGAAAUACCAAUGGCAGUCAGGCAAGCCGGUGCAAUUUAUAUGAAAAAUAUGUGUACCAAGUGGUGGAGAAAGGACCCAGAAGAUGACGAAUCUACCGAUGUCUUUUUCAUUCAUGAAAAUGAUAAAGCAAUUAUAAGAGAGAAUAUUGUCGAGGCCAUUAUACAUGCUCCUGAAGUUAUCAGAAGUCAAAUGAGCGUCACUGUUUAUCAAAUCAUUAGGGAAGACUUUCCAGAGCGAUGGCCAGGAAUCAUAGAUAAGAUUGCCAACUACUUGGGAGGUGAUCCAAAUACAUGGAUGGGAGCUUUGCAGACCUUGUAUCAAUUGGUUAAAAAAUAUGAGUACAAGAAACGAGAAGAGAGGGUACCAUUAUUGGAAGCAAUGAAAAUAUUUCUACCCGCUCUGGGACAACUUUUUCAGCAUGCACUCAAUGAUGGGUCUGCUCAGUCUGUGCUUAUUCAAAAGCAAUGUUUGAAAGUGCUUUAUGCUCUUACACAGUAUUCUCUGCCUCUCAAAUUGAUUGAAGGUGCAGUUUUGGAUACCUGGAUGAAAUACAUUCAAAUUGUGAUUGAAGAGGCACCACCUGAAGAAACUCUACAAGUGGAUGAAUUAGAGAGACCCGAUUUACCAUGGUGGAAAUGUAAAAAGUGGGCUCUGCAUAUUUUAACCAGAGUUUUUGAAAGAUAUGGUAGUCCUGGGACUGUCAGUCAAGAAUAUAAUCAAUUUUCUGAAUUUUUCUUGCGAAGGUACGCUGUCGGAGCAACUCAUGUUCUUCUGAAAGUAUUGGGUGAUUACAGCAAGGGAAAAUAUGUAUCCCCUCGCGUCUUACAACAGACAAUGCAAUUUUUGGAACAAGGAGUUAGCCAUUCUCAAACUUGGAAAGUCAUGAAAGGAGUUUAUGACGAAGUUUUGAAAGAUGUAAUAUUUCCUCUGAUGUGUUUCUCAGAAAAAGACGAAGAAUUGUGGAGCGAUGACCCACAUGAGUUUGUUCGUGAAAGAUUUGAUUUCAAGGAAGAUUUCUUUUCUCCAUCGAGUGCAGCUCAGUGUUUCUUGCAGUCCGCUUGUACUAAAAGAAAGCAAGUUGUGCAAAAAACAAUGGGUUUUUGUCAUAAAGUUCUGGUUGCCAAUGAAACAAAAACGGAACCCCGUCGCAAGGAAGGAGCUUUGCAUAUUAUUGGAUCUUUAUCAUCAACCCUAAGAAAAAGAAAAGUAUACAAAAGUCAAUUAGAAAGCAUGCUUUUUACCCAUGUUAUUCCAGAAUACAAGAGUACGCUUGGAUACAUGAGAGCAAGAGCCGUAUGGGUCACUCAGCAUUUCAGCCGAAUCACAUUCAAAAAGGAUUCGAAUAUAUUUGCAGUGGCUGAUGGAAUACGUACACUUCUUAUUGAUGACCCUGAACUUCCAGUUCGAGUUGAGGCUGCUUUUGCUCUUCAGACUCUACUGUUGCACAAGGAAAAAGCUGAGAAGCGUUGUGAACCUUAUAUCAAUGUCAUGAUUCAGAGUUUACUUCAACUUGUGCAUGAAACAGAGAAUGAUGAGUUGACUUCAGUUGUGCAUAAAAUUAUUUGUCUUUAUUGCGAGCAAGUGAUACCAUAUGCAGUAGACAUAACACAGAGUUUGGUGAUGACGUUUUUCAAACUAUUAACUGAUGAAAAUGGACAAAUCAAUGGCACUGGAGAUGAUGAUGAUGAGGCAUCUGACAACAGAUCAGUGGCUGCUAUGGGAGUGUUAAGUACAAUUGAAACAGUUUUGGAUACAAUGGAGGAACAAAGAGAUAUUACAGUACAAUUAGAAAGUAUUGUUGUUCCUGUGGUCGCCCAUGUUUUGAAGAAUAGAAUUAUGGAUUUUUAUGAAGAAAUCUUAUCGUUAAUGUAUUCUUUAACUUGCCAAGCAAUUUCACCACAAAUGUGGGAGGCAUUGCCAUUGAUUAAAGUUAUUUUUGACGAUGACGGCUUUGAUUAUUUCUCCGAAAUGAUGCCUGUCGUGCACAACUUUUGCACUGUUGAUACAGAUGUAUUUUUGUCAAACACAAAAAAUAUGGAAACAGUAUUUGAAAUGUGCAAAAAAAUUCUUGAAGAACAAAAUGGAGAAGAUGCAGAAAGUCAUGCUGUAAAACUUCUGGAAGUAAUCAUUUUGCAAUGCCAUGGAAAAAUUGACCAGUGCAUCCCUUCAUUUGUUCAGCUUGCUCUUGAAAGACUCACCAAAGAAGUGAAAACAAGUGAACUUCGAACCAUGUGCCUUCAAGUUGUAAUUGCUGCCCUUUAUUACAAUCCCACCUUACUUUUUCAAACAUUGGAAAGCAUGCAGUUCCCAAACACAACGGAAACUGUUACUGAGCAAUUUUUUCGCCAGUGGCUUAAAGAUGCAGAUUGCUUUCUCGGAAUUCAUGAUAGACGGAUAUCUGUACUUGGCCUAUGUACUGUGAUUGAUUCUGCGGAACGACCAAAAAUCAUAUCUGAACUUGCACCAGACAUUUUACCUUCUUUAAUCUUAAUGUUGCAAGGACUGACUCAAGCUUACAGAAGUAGAGGGGAAGAGAACAGCAGUGAAAGCUCGAAUUCUGAUGAGGAAGAAGAUGAGAGUGAUCAUGAACGUGAGGAGCUUGAAUCAAGUGAGGAUGAGGUUGAUGAAGAGUCUGCUGAAUACUUAGAAAUGCUGGAGAAGAGUUCUUUAAAUGGUAUUGAUGGCGACAGUGAUAUCAGUGAUGGAGAGACGCCGCUUGAAAUUUACGCAUCUUCUUUUGAUGACGAAGAUAAUGUUGGCAGUGAAUAUUUCAUUUUCAAGCAAGUCUUAAAACGAUUGGAAUUAAAUAACAAUGGAUGGUAUAAUCAGCUUGUUUCUGGUUUGACUGACGAUCAAAGGAAGAACCUUCAGGAAGUUUUCACAACUGCGGACCAACGGCAAGCAGAGGCAGAGUCUAAAAAAAUCGAAAAGACUGGAGGUUAUCAAUUUAACACCACUAAUGUGCCAACUACUUUCAAUUUUUCUGCAUCUGGUCCACCACCAGCAUUCUCUCCUUAAUAAGUACAAAGUCAACAUUGUUUUGAGCAUGUAUUUAGCAUUGAGAAUGGGUGCAAUUUCUGUAAACUAUUCUGGUUCAUUUGUAAUUAAAUUAGGUGCUUACACAGGUGAUAUACUGGAUCACUUGUCAGGGGUGUUGGAACUCAAAUUACUCAAAAAUUUCGAACGAAUUCUGUAUUAUUUUUUACCGUUUCAAUAAUUGAAUAUGUUUAGCAUUGAGCCAUGUGAAAUAGAAAAAUUUGCGCAAUUUAGUUUGUUAAUUUGACAAUUAAUUUUUUCCCCACUGGAUGUCGAUUGCUGGAUAUAUCGAUUUUUAAACUGAAAUAUUUUUUAUUUUUUUUUUAAAGAUAUUUGUUGAAAAUAACUAGUUUCUCAAGUUUUAUUCAUUCUUGACAGGUGGCUUGAACUUUCACCCCCAGAAUGUAUAUUAUAUUUGUUAGGUAGAAAACGAAUCCCUGUCCACACAUACUCUUGUUAAAAUUGUUUUUCUUUUGGUUUGUUUCACCUAUUAAACUUUACUGCCCAUCUCCAUAAUACUGUUUCAGUGAUAUCGUUAACUUUAGAUUGUACAUGACCUUAUGAGUUCGCAUUUUAUUAACAGUUGUGUUUUUAGUGAAGUUGAAAAUAAAAAAAAACAUCUUAGUUA